AUGACAAGAGGAAAUCAAAGAGAUUUAGCACGAGCUAAGAAUCAGAAAAAACAAACCGAAUUAGCCAAGAAGAAAAGUAGCGCAGAUAAAAAGGGAAUGACAUUCGAGCAACGCAAACACAGGGAUGCUAAGCUGAUGCGUGAAAAACAAAGAAAAAAAGAGCAAGAAGAUGCCGCAGCCUCUGGUAACAGUUAUUUCAACAAAACACAAAUAUUUUCGAGAAGAAUGCUUGUGAAAAAAAAUAGAACUAACUUACUUACUACACGACUAACAUUAUUAUGA